GAUCCCUAUAACGAAAACAGUAGAAUACACAAACAAACAGUGGCGUCUAAAAUAAAUUAUAUUUUUAUUUUACUGGCGAAAAUAUAGGAUAAAAUAAAAAGAAAACAAUAGAGUUUUCACUAAAGAGUGUAUGAAGCAAGGAAAUACAUCGAAGCAUUGAAAAAAUAGCACAAAAGCAAUCGAAAAUAACAAAAAAAGAAAUGUAAUUACAUUUGUUUGGGUGCUGCUGCUUCUUUGAAUGGAUUAGCAAAUUACAUAUUACACCAACAACAAAACCACUGGACUGUUAUUAUGGCUGCUCCACAACAAUACUCCCUUAGAUGGAACAACUAUUUUCGUCAUCUAACCUAUGCCCUGGACAAUCAUCGGGUAAAUGAUGAUUUUGUGGAUGUAAGCCUGCUCUGUGAUGGCAGAAAAAUCAAGGCACACAAGGUGGUGCUCUCGGCAUGUAGUUCAUAUUUUAAGGAGAUUUUCACAGAAAAUCCUCAUCCUCAUCCGGUUAUAAUAUUUAAGUUUAUCAAAUAUGAAGAUCUCAAUUCAAUAAUAGAGUUUAUGUAUCAGGGCGAAGUAAAUGUCCAACAAGAAGCAUUGCAAUCAUUUUUACAAACCGCCGAACUGCUGGCAGUCCAAGGCCUUACGGCCGAAGAAAAAGAGAAACCCAAACCGCCCACACCAGUAAUAGAUGAUCAAAAGUUAAUGAAAUCCAUACCCAGUACUAUACGAGCAGUUAAUGAUGCAAGUGCGGCAACACAAACCCUCGAUAUACCACUGCUCCAGCCCACAGCAACACAAUUGCAAAUACCCAGUUUGCAGACACAAACGGCAACAGUACAAAACACAACCCAGCACCAUCAACAACAUCAUGUUCAGACACAAAUGCAACAUAUACAACUCCAUCAUCCAAAUCCACAAAGCACCGGUGGUAAUCAAGUGACCACACAUCAUCAGGUAACUACGGCAACGGGUCACCCACAGCAACACCUACAAUUACAACAUACUCACCAUGCUCCACAGCAGCAACAACAACAGCAGCAGCAAACUCAUAAUCAGCAAGUGCAAGUUACAACACAAGGUGGAACAUUAAAUACAAAUAUUGUAACAUUACCCGCCUCGACAGCAACCACAACCGGAGUUUCGAUGAAGAAACGAAAAAUAACUUUUUCGGAUGAUGAUGAUAAUAUUUAUACAACGGAAGCGGUGGAUGAACAGACCAUAGUAAAGACUGCGGAUAUGACUCUUUUAAGAGGUGCCAUAAAAAUGGAUAUUCCCGAAUAUAUUGUUGGUGAUGUCGAUGAUCGUCUCUCCGACAAUGAAGGUACGCCGGGUAAUAAUCAAGAUUCUGGUAAUGGCGGACAAAAUGUAACACAAUACACCUCCGAAUAUGAGAUUUUAACUGAAUCGGAAAUUGAGGAAAAAUACCAACAUGGUGAUAAUUCAGAAAUAUCACUUGAGAUGGGUCGUCUUUUAAAUCAGACGACAUCAUCGGGUAAUUCUGGUGGAGGCGGUGGCGGUCAACAUCACUUAGAUGAUAAUAAUUCCAAUUCAAAUGUUCUGCUGAAAUCUGAUAACAAAGGAGGAGGGAAUACAACGACAACAGCAGAUUUACCCAAUAAUAAAUGGACAGAAUGUCAAUUUUGCAAAAUGGUUAUAACAACAGUUAAUCUUUGGAGACAUAUUCGUACUCAGCACACACCGCAACCGCCGCGUAAAUGUGAGCUAUGCAAUAAGAAUUUCAAAAAUAAAUACAGUCUUCGAGAGCACAUACGAAUUUCACACGAACAAAAAUUGGGCCUAAAACCGGAAAACUGAUCAAUAGUUAAAGAAUGAAAAUAUUUGUUGUGUAAAAUCUGUAAACGUAAACUAAAUUCGCCGAAUGCCUUACGACGACACAUAGCAUCGAAACAUUCAAAAAUUAUGGGCAAAGAAUUCGA